CCUUAUGAUUGAAUCUUUCGGCGAGUUCUAUAGAUAAGGUUCUACUCUCUUGUUAUUACAAAGUUUUAUUUUUUACACAUUGAUGGUUCAUUUCAACUUCUCCACCUAAGUCCAAACCGGGGUGCAGAAACACUACAUAACUCUGAAGAAGCUAUAUGAACACAAAAAAGCGCAUAUGCUUAUUUCUAAACUCAGAAAGCUCACAAGUUUACAUGAAACACGAAUUAGUAUUAAUAAUGAACCGUCUUUCUCUACAUUUACAUCAAAGAAAAACUACAGAUCGCUUGUCACUAUGUCAUUCACAUGGGACAAGAACCAGGAGGAGGAGGAGGAGGAGGAAAGCAAAUAUUCAAAUAUACUGCGUCAAUGUGUGAAGACGUCAAAAUUGGAUAACGCUAAAGCCAUACACGCGAAACUACUGAAAAACUCCGGCGGCACAUCUUCGCUAUACUUGCACAACCAUCUUUUAAAUGCUUAUGUGAAAUGUGGUGACACGGUGAAUGGACUCAAACUGUUUGAUGAAAUGCCUCAGAAGAAUGUGGUAUCUUGGACUGCCCUCAUUGCUGGCUUUGUGCAGAAGGGAUUUCCUAUUGAAGCUUUCUCUUUGUUUACCCGUAUGCACCAGAGUGGAACGAAGCCUAAUGAGUUCACUUUUGUGAGCGCCCUCCAUGCUUGCUCGUUUGAGGAUAGAUUAAACUUGACUCAUGCAUACCAAGUUUAUGGACUAAUCACAAGACUUGGGUUUGAAUCUAAUGUUUACUUAGCGAAUGCUUUUCUGACAGCUCUGAUAAGGCACGGUAGAUUAGGUGAAGCAUUAAAGGUUUUUGAGUGGUGUUCUAAUAAAGAUAUUGUGACUUGGAAUGCAAUGAUCGGUGGUUGCAUGCAAUCUUGUUGCUCAGAGGUGCCAAGACUUUGGUACAAGAUGAUUCAUGAAGGAGUUGUACCAGAUAACUUCAGUUUUGCUAGUGUUCUUACUGGGUUGGCAGAGCUUUUGGAUUUUGAAUUGGGUGUGCAAGUUCACGCCCAGCUGGUUAAGUUUGGUCAUGGAAGUGAGAUAUGUGUAGGGAACUCUUUGGUGGAUAUGUAUUUGAAAAAUCGAAGCUUGGCUGAGGGUUUCAAAGCAUUCGAGGAGAUCCCUCUAAAAGACGUUUGUUCCUGGACGCAGAUGGCAGCAGGGUGUUUGAACUGUGACGAACCAAUUGAAGCUCUCAGGGUCAUUGGAGAAAUGAGAAGGGCAGGAGUGAUGCCUAAUAAGUUUACUCUAGCGACUGCUUUUAGUGCAUGUGCCAAUACAGUCACUUUCAAGGAAGGGGAGAAAGUUCAUGGAUUGAGGAUCAAACUUGGGAAUGACAUUGAUGUCUGUGUAGAUAAUGCAUUGCUUGACAUGUACGCGAAAUGUGGUUGCAUGGAUGGUGCAUUCUUAGUUUUUCGAUCAAUGGGUGAACACACUACUGUUUCAUGGACCACUAUGAUUAUGGGUUAUGCGCAAAAUGGAUAUCCCAAAAAAGCUCUUGAAACUUUCGAUCAGAUGAGGGAGGAAGGGGCAGAGCCUAACUACAUCACCUUCAUAUGUGUGCUUUAUGCUUGCAGCCAAGGAGGACUUAUUGAUGAGGGAUGGAAGUAUUUCACUUCAAUGAGUCAUGACCAUGGUAUUCUCCCUGGAGAAGAUCACUACGCUUGUAUGGUUAACCUCCUCGGACGUGCUGGCCGCAUUAGAGAAGCUGAGGAAUUAAUCUUGAGCAUGCCAUUUCAACCAGGUUUGUUGGUCUGGCAAACCUUGCUUGGAGCAUCCCGGCUUCAUGGGGAUAUGGAAGCUGCAAAACGAGCAGCAGAACGAGCAUUACAAGUCGACAGAGUUGAUCCUUCAAUCUAUGUGUUAUUGUCCAACACAUUUGCUGGUCUGCAAAACUGGGAUGGUGUUGGAACUUUGAGGGAACUGAUGCAAAGUAGGGAUGUCAAGAAAGUGCCUGGCUCUAGUUGGCUUUAAAUGAAAAUAUGGGCUGUUGUAUUCUCAUAUUGUUAAAGAAUGCAAUCUAGCCUGAGUUCUUUUUUCAAAGGGUCCACUCUUUUUUAUACCAGAAUUAGGAAUUCACGUGAAUUCUGCAACUUUGCUUAGAAACCAAUGCUUACUUAUCCAACAUGCCAACCUCUUGGCGUUCAUUUUCGUGCACUAUGAUUGAUUUCUCUAUUUUCUAACUGUCUAUAUGAAAAGCUUCCUCCUUAUUUCAAUUGA